AUGAGUAUUGUUGAUGAUAUGCACGCGUUGAGUGUAAUGCAUAACCCAAAACUUUUGCUGUCGACACCGUUAUAUCGUCCACCGAUGCUGCAUCGUGACGCUGAAUUCGUCGAUAAACCUCAAGCGUGCACCAUCGCUGCUGCUUUCUACGACCUUAUCUAUGAAUUUAUUAUGUCGCAUAUGCUGAUCACUUUCCCUUAUCAUCUUUACCAAUUGGCAAUUGGUAUUAUACACAGAAUGGUUGCGUUUGAGAAGCGCACCUCUUGCCGAAUCACGAAAUGGAAGCCAAUUUUCGAAGCGCUGUUAGCACUACUCAACUUUCUUGCAUCGAACGAAAUGCACGUUGACGUAACAGCAGUGCACCAGAUAUGUGUACAAAUUAUGAUUCUAUUGAAUCUUUUCAUCACUUACGGUGAUACGUUCCUGCCGAAUGACAUUGCCUAUGAUCAUAUGUGCUACGAGAUCAUUAGACAAGAAGCCGUCUUUCGGAAACUUCUCAAAUCCGCUGCAAAAUUACGAGAAACUGAUUCCGAGAAUGAGGAGAACUCAAGAACUGCCACGAAAAUAAUCAGCCAGCUGGAGAAUCCGUUGGAGAUAGUGAGCCAUUUUAAAGAUAAACUUGCGCAGCUGAAUACCACGAGUUUUUCUGAAGAAGAGGUUCUUGAAGUGGUGCGAAAGAAUUUUGACUCUCUUCAUCUGAAACUCUACGAAGGUCUUGAAACGGCAGAGCCAUAUGAUCCUAAUUGUAUAAAUGCAUUGUUGGAUGAUUUGAGAUUGUUUGUGAAAAGAAACUCUAAGAAGCGUUACAGCUUGCAGAAUUUCGAGUAUUCAGAUAUGCUGAAUGCGUUAUCUUCAAUCGAAUCACGAAAGUCGUCCGCAGUGUCCCGUACUCAUUCGCGAAAGUCAUCCGCGUCAAUUGAUUCGUAA